GACUUUUCUGAGCCUCCUUUCACGCAACGAUUACAGGAAGCUAUAAGACUGCCUCUCUACCUCAGAAAGUUGAAUUGUGGAACAAAAUGCUACCGCAGACUUAUCCCUAAUCAUACAAUCGUCAUGGCUGAACCGGUGUCAAUCAUCGCUGCCGGAGUUGGCAUCGCUGACGUUGCUUUUCGAGUCAUCAGCUAUCUCAAGGAUGUCCAAAAGGCUGUAGAAAGCAUCGAGGAUGAUAUUUCAGGCUUGAUCAAUGAAGUUGAAGGCUUGAAGCAAGUGCAUGGGCAUUUAGAACAGGAAUUCCUCAAGAACAUCACCAAUGACGCCUUAGGAAAGGAAGAAAAGAUGCUGUGGUUCAACACAGGUCAGGCGCUACAGAACGGUCAGAAGCUUGUCCAGAAGCUUGAAGUCUCCGUGAGGCAAAUCUACGGCGACAGUCGAUCAAUCACCGGUAAAAGGGACGGUCUAAUGAAACAACACCGGAAAAGGGCAAAGGGAGGAGUCAUCUCUGGAUUUAGGGACCAGAUCGGUACUUAUCAUGGAGCCUUACAGAUCUGGCUUAGCUGUAUUGACAUGUACUCGACUCGAGAAUAUCGCGAGAACCAAACGGAGCAUCUUAAACAGCUAGCUCAUUUGAUGCAAGAGCUCGAAAGCAAACUGGAAGACACUCAGUUGCGUCCAUACCGAACCACGCCAGCUUCCUUAGUAUACAAUGACUUCACUUCUAUCUCUCUGUCGGUACUUAAUCAAAUUGGCAAGUCAAUCAACAGCCUCGGGAACAGCGUUACGCAUGGUCAAUCGAACACGAAUAAACAUUUCGAUACGCCCAAACCCGUCGAGACAUUCUACACCGGCCGAGCAGAGCAGGCAGAGCAAUUAGGCAACUGGAUAUUGCCCCAAGCAUCUCAGAGUAAGGCCAGAUCAUCUGAAAUGACACACGAAAAGCAAAAACGCUUCGUUGUUUAUGGUGUUGGAGGUUCAGGUAAAACACAAUUCUGUUGCAAGUUUGCAGAGGAUAAUCGAGAUCAUUUCUGGGGUGUUUUUUGGGUUGAUGGAAGCAGCCGUCACCGUCUCAAACAAACCUUUUCCCAUAAUGUGUCAAUAAUUGGGGGCGUAGAGGCAAACGAGAAUGCCGCGCUACAUUGGCUAUCAAACCUUAGUGAACCCUGGCUGCUCAUUAUUGACAAUGCUGAUGACCCUGACCUCAAGCUUGAUGAGUAUUUUCCACGAGGAAAUCGGGGACAUGUCCUCAUUACAACGCGGGACCCAGUCAAUAAGUCAUUUGGGACGGUCGGUAACAGAUUCUUUGAGUUUCAAGGAUUAAAUAAGGAUGAAGCAAGCUGUCUACUUCUCAAUGCUGCUGGACAAAUACAACCAUGGAGUUCCGCCAUGUCCAAUGUCGCCACAACCAUUGCGAAAACACUUGGAUAUCUUGCUCUGGCGAUCACCCAGGCAGGCAAAACAAUACGACAAGGGUACUGCAAGAUUCAUGAGUACUUGGAUUUCUAUGAGCGCCAAUGGAUAAAGACGAGACAAAGGAGACUAGCCGUGAAGGAGAGAGAUGCGGUGGACAAUCUGAGCGUCAUCACAACCUUUGAGCUCAAUCGCCAAGCUAUAAUAAAUAUCCGAGAUAAGGAGGCUUCCAGAGAUGCACUACAGUUACUCAACACUUUUGCGUUCUUGCACAAUCAAAACAUUCGCUUCGACAUGCUAAGAAGAGCAAUAACGAAUUCAAAACUUGAGAGUAUUCAGCAAGAGGAAGACAAGGGAAAUGAAGCACAGAGUCGUGCCACUAGUCCACCACCUGACUGGUCAACAUGGUGGAAAGAGACCUCGUUCAAGGUCCUAGCCUUUAUCUAUAAAAACCGAAGCCCACUCGUUCUCCCUAGUGUUAUCCGAGCCGGUCGAAUAUCGGAGGAUUUUGACUCUGAUCGUUUACGUCUUGCUCUUCGGCAGCUCACGCGAUUCUCACUAAUCUCACACAGCGAGAUUACUGACAGUUACUCGAUCCACCCCCUUGUUCACAAGUGGGCACGUGAAAGACCUGAUAUGAGUAUUGCAGAGCAAGGGGUUUGGUCCGAAGCUGCAGCGACACUGCUUGCGCAUUGUAUCUUGAUACCGCCUCUUGGCAACACAAUAGAGGACGAGGGUAUUCGAAAAUACCUCCUACCCCAUAUCGACCAUGUACAUGAAUGCCAGACGUCAAUAGAUCAACGCAUGCGAGACAAGCGUAUGGCUCGAAUGAGACCAUGGCCUGUAUUCGAGGGUGGCUUUAACCGAGAGAAAGCACUAAUGUAUGCGAAGUUUAGUAUCGUUUACGCCCAAAAUGGACGCUGGGAAGAAGCGAAGAGACUUCAGGUAGCGGUCAAAGACUUCACAAUGCAGGUUUUGGGCUUGCAAAAUGCCAUAACUCGUCGUAUCACGCUAGCGCUCGCAGGAACUCUGUACAAUCUCGGUCAGAGUGAUGAUGCUGCCGCUCUGCAUGAACAAGUCCUAGACGCUUGUAUGGCCCAUAUGGGUACUGACCACCAUGACACACUGGUGGCAAAGUGCACACUUGGAGACUCCCGAUAUUUGCAAGGUCGCUUUAGCGACGCAAAAAAGUUACAGGAAGAAGCUGUUGCUGGAUUGACAGAACUACACGGCCUCCACCACGAAGACACGCUCAAUGCCAUUGAUUGUCUUGGGCGAACGGUUUUGAUGUUUUACACAGAGGACUCCAUCAAGAAAGCUCGGGAACUUCACUUUAGGGCUAUCGAUGGAAUGAAAACGGUGCAUGGAGACGACCAUUUGCGCACCCUCAUAGCAUGCGAAAACCUCUGUGCAACCGCUGUGCGAAGCGGUGAUCAAGCUCAUCUCAACCAUGCCCACGAAAUGAUGAAUGAAGUGGUUGAGAUAAGAAAAGAGAAGCUGGGCAGAGAGCACGGAUAUACACUCCUCGCUAUGACGAACUUAGCCCUCAUCAAGAGUGGUUUGGGCAACCCGGAAGAUGCCGAGGAGCUAAUUCUUGUGUGUUUACCAAUUGCUGAGCGUAAUCUAGGCAUCGAUCAUCAUGCUUGUCUUUGGGGCCGCUAUCAUCUCGGGAAGAUAUGGGUGCAGCAGAAAAGAUGGGGAGAGGCAGAGCAACAGCUCGUCGAUGUCACGGAACGACAACGCAAUCUUCUUGGGGGUAGGGGUCAGUAUCAUCCGGAUAGACUGGGCGGGCUUGUAGAGCUGGCUGCGAUAUAUAACGCGCUUGGAAAAGUAGAGGAAUGUAAGAGGGUGGUGGCUGAGGCGCUGCACGGGUUUGAGAGGAUUAGCACGACUGAGCACCCAGUUGCGAAAAAGUUGAGGGGGAAUAUGGAGAAGUGGAUGGAAGAGAGGAGGAAGAAAGACGGAACACAUUUGUUGACGUCGACAUAA